AUGAUGACGAUAUCUACGAAGAAACCCAAGCAAAAGACAAUUUUCCCAUUCCCGGACCACUGGCCUCAAUGUUCAGAGGAAACAGAGGAAGGAGUUCGCAUGUCUACUCAAAAGCGAGCCCCUUGGUACGGGAAUAUGCCCAAUCUCGCAGCCUGGCAUUCAGGGCUACCGCUGAGCAGUAACAUGACGGACAUUCCCAUUGAAGAUAUGACCACAUGGGUACAUCGAUCGCCUGACGAGCGCAAGAGAGAGGAAGACAAACAUGGCAAAGUGUUACGGCCAAGGAACUGCUUCAUCCUGUAUAAGUCGGCCUAUGCACCGCGCAUCAAGAAUCUGCUCCAGGGAAAUAAAAGCCAAGCCGUUAAAUCCAUUAUCGCAGGGCGGAGCUGGAACAUGGAAACGCCUGAUGUCAAGCAGAAAUAUAAAAUGCUGGCCGAUAUCGAGCGUCACCGUCAUGCUGAAGCGCACCCAGACUAUCGGUUUUCACCUCGAAAACCCCGAAAGCAAUCUCCUGUGAUGAAGGAAGCCUCGACGGAACUAAAAGUCCUCAGUUCACCUAUAAGCAAGAACUUGGAGCCUUCGUUCGAGGAUACUGAAAGCACAGCCCUCGACACCGAAGGCUCCUGGUGGCUGCACGGUGAAGAUUUACGGUAUUACACACUAGAGAACCUUGAGAUGGACUAUUCGUUUAAUUUGGUUGGGCUGCCUGAAAUUUAUCAGGGGAUAGGGUGCUCUAACUAG